CACGUGUUAACGAAAAAGUUUGUAUUUGGUUAUAAACUCUGAUUAUAAAUAUAUUAAAUAUAACAAACCAAUGUGUAUAACGUGUCGUGUUAGUACAGACAUCAAAAAGCUUAUUCAAUUCGUUACAUAAAUGUGAUUUUACGUUACUUGUGUCAGUUUACACUCUGGUUGUUAACAUGAAGCGGCCGGUCGAAGCCGUUAUCGAGGACGUUAUCAUUGCACCCGACAAAAUACAGCCUAUAAUAGUGAAUUUCCAGAAUGGCGAGCUCAAGGACGAAGAAGCCAAAAAGAUGAAGUGCGGCGUGUACCGCGACGAAAAGGAUAAGUACGUGCUAGCCAUGUCCAACAACAACAUAGUCUACAAGGGCACGAGGCCGGAUUUGAACAAGGAGCUGACGUACACGAUGCUGGCCGUGCACAACAAAAAAACUGGCAAGAUCAAAUUGAUCCAAGCCGAGAGGUGGAACGUCUGUCCUGUGCUCGACCAACACGUCGAUAUGAACGUCAAGGACGAGGACAUACUCUACGAGCUGAACACCCAGUUUGCAAUAAAAAAGGUGCAACGCAAAACCGAACAGUACCAAAAGAUGAAAAUCGACGUCAAUGCCAUCAAGGAUAAUUACGAACAAAAAGCAGCCAAUAUUGACAUCGACACGUCAAGGCUCGAAGCUUCUGCAAAGGAUGAUCAAACGUUGCAACUACCACGUUGCAACAGAGACGCGGAUCAUGUGUCCAAGGUCUACGAUAUCAAUGAUAUCGUGCCAAACAAACUUUUGAUGGGACUCUACGACCAAGCUGAAAAAGUCGCGAAAUCAGACUUGUCCAAAAAACCCGCGUUUUUCGUCAAAACUGUAGAAACUUUCAAAGAGAACGAAGAUGUAGUUGAAAAAAUAGCACUGUUACUGUACAUAGAGUGUUUAACUAACUGGUUUAAUACUCCAAUGAAAUCUGCCAAAAAAGAUUCAAGCGUGUGUCCAUACUCAGCAGAUGUAGCGAAUCACAUAGUGGAGAGUUACAGUGUGCUCAGUGCUAACGGAAGGUGUAGACCAAAUUCAAUGAGGGACAAAGGAAUCAUGCACUCCAUAAUAAUAGGCCUCACGAUAUGGAACUACAUUUUAGAUUUGGAACUAUUUUCCAGUUUAUUCAAGUUUCGAUUGGGCCUAAAGAAGCUUCAAGAGCUUGCAAGACUCUUGUGUGCAGUGCCACUCAAAGACGACAAGCAGCGCGUUACGCUUAAAUUACCUCUGCCCGCAGAAGCGCCUAGAGUUCAGGCAAAAAAAAAAUUAAAACGUUGAGCUAAGUGUGCAUAGUUUUAAAGUAAGUUUGUAAA